AUGAGGACCAUGAGCUCUGGGGAGGACCGAGGAUUGGAAGGUGUCCCUAUCGGCUUCCUAAUGACCGCCAUCCAGCAGCUGGUGGCCUUCUUCGCGUUCUGCAUCUUCCUGGCGUUUGGAAGGCUGGUCGGGUCUCCCUACGAGGUGAAAAAGCUGACGAGCACCCGGGAGCGCGUCGCGGUGCUUUGCUUCAGCGCUGCUUUUGCUCUGAACAUCGGACUCAACAACUUCAGCCAGACCAUGCUAAGCCUGUCGGUGAAUCUCAUCAUCAGGUCGUGCCUGCCCUUGUCCACAGCCGUGGCAGAGUUGGCACUGGGUUCCCUGUCAAAGUGGCCAGCACUCACCGGACUCCAGUGGGCAUUGAUGCUCGCUGGUGUGCUGGGCACCGUGUGCGUCAGCUGCGUAAAGAGUGCCGCACAGGAUGCGGACUCCUCGGAAUUUUCGCUUCUGGGUCUCUUCUGUGCGGUUCUGAGCAUCUGCGCUGGGGCGCUGAACAUGGUCCUGGCCGGGAUUUUGGGGAGCAGCGUCAAGCUCAAUCCUUUGGACAGCACCUUCUACAUGGCCGUGCCGGCGGGGCUGAUAAUGAUCUUAUUUUCUUUCGUUGAGCACCCGGUCCACUCUUGGCAAGACUUCCCGGCCCUGACUGACUGGGCAAUUGUCCAAGAAGUCAUGUCCCGAUAUCGUUGGGCGAUGCUCCCGGUCGUCAUCUCGGGCGUCUUCGCCUUCGUAUACAACUGCUUGCAGUACACCUUAGUGCAAGAGCUGUCUGCAACGCACGCCGCCUUCGCAGGAAGCUUCAACAUGGCCGCGACCAUCGCCUUUUCCUUAUGUCUCGGCUACGAGGAAAUUCCAGAUGGAUGGCACGGGCACCUGUUUCUGCUUGCCAUUGCUGGCAACAUCGCAGCUUUCACUGCCUUCAACGUACUCAGGAGUAGUGGCACAUGA